UAUCACUGAUGUGCCCACUGUACUGUCACCACUGAUACUACAACACUUACUUGGCGGAAAUGUCUUUUGUUAAUUUUUGUUUAAAAAUUGUUUAAUUUUUUAUGAUUUUUCAUAAUAAGAAAAAUUAUAACUUCACUGUAAUACACUGUACUGUCACCAAACCAGGGGCGUAGAUUACGCGGGGCACUUUUUAUAAAAAGUAAAUUCGUCCCCCUCACUUUUUUAGUGGAGAGUUGUGUUCACCGCAUGUUGAGGUUUUAAUGGAGCAAUGUAUAUAAAUGCAGAGUGAUUUAAAAUUCAAAGAGACAAGAAAGUUUAAGAUCGUCUAUACAUGACGAUCUAUCAGUCACUCACUUGUCACGUCAUCAUCACGCGCCCCCAGUACUGUAGCUCGAGUCGCACCCGCGGUCCAUCAUUCGGUUACGUUGAGCUCAAAGGGGCAAAAAACGCUUCACUCCUUUUUGAUAAAAAUGUCAAGCAUAAGUUGGCAUAUGGUAUCAGAAUUGUGUUGCACAAUGUUUAGUAACUGCCAGUUGCUCUUGUUGAAUAAUUAGCAAGUUUUAAUUUAAAGGAUUAUAAGGAAAAAUAGCUGCUUUGACAAAUGUUAUAUAAACUCUUUUAUAACGUCUUUUGUUUUAACAAGUGUGUUAUCAAAACCCUUCAAAUAAGAAUAAAGAUAAUGUUGAACUGAGAUUUUACAGCAUGUUUAACUUUGCCAAUUCUACAUAAUAUCAAGUAUGUGUCACUGUAUGUACACGACAGAGACGAGGACGACGAAUAGUGACAUUAAAGAUGUCAUUUUAAUAAUAAGGAGCAGGUAAAUCACACAUACAUACAACGUAGUAAAGACCAUAACAGACAAUGAGUGAAGACAGUGGUGAUGAGUAUAAAUAGAGUCCGGGUGAACAGACAGGUGAAGACGGGAAACAAACAUGGUGGAUGACGGGGUGCAAAGGAUGAUGGGUAAUGUAGUCCGGUGAAUGAGGGUAGAUCACAGGGGAAACGUUACAGUAUGCUGAUAGGUACGAUCUUUAUUUAACGGGGUGCUCUUUCAUUAUUGCACUAAUUUUACGUUUUUAUGUGUUGUCAAGAAUGAGCAAGAAACAGACAGCAUAGGUUUGUCAGGGCAGAUUCAGGAUGUCACACAAAAAGCUUUACAGACAGAGGCAGAAGAGAAUUCUGAGUUGAGAGUGAAUGAGGCAGAAAGUUACAAUGAGGCUUCAGAUGUAAGGACAGAUUAUUUACAGCAUUGUCUAUGAUUAGAUAUUUCUUAUAUAUUUUAACUUAGACUAAUCAGACUGAUUUGUAUUUUUUUUUUGUAGACAGAACAGGGGGCAUCUGACAUACAGUAGGGUUGGCUGCUGUAGAAGUAGGCAGGUCUUCUGUAACUGUAUUAAAACCCAACAAGCCAGAUCCUAAGACUAUUGUGUGUCAUGUGCUUCGGGACAAAACUCUAAAAUUUCAGGCUCACUGGUACCAAGAAUUUGCAUGGCUUCAUUUUGAGCCUGGUAUUGAUGGAUCAUUGUGCUUCUACUGCCACAAAGCAUUUAAAAACAAAACAUCACAACUUGCCAAAAAUUCAGAAACCACCUUUAUCAUCGCUGGCUUUAAGAACUGGAAGAAGGCCAGAGAGAGGUUUACAUUACAUGCUGGAUCAGCAUGUCACAAGACAGCCAUAACAACAUACAUCUAUGAAUCAAGACCAAUAGAUGUUCAUCUGUCCAAUGUACUGGCAUCCCAGCAAGAGGAGGCAAGGAAAUGCCUAUUAAAGAUAAUAAGUGCUGUGCAGUUUCUGGCAGGACAAGGUUUAUCUUUUAGAGGCCAUGAGGAUGAUGAGGGAAACUUUAAUCAACUUCUAAAGUACAAGUCAGAAGAUGACCCUAGCCUGAGCAAAUGGUUGUCCCUCAAAACUGAUUAUACUUGCCCACAAAUUCAGAAUGAAAUCCUCAAUUUAUUCAGUAAUUCUAUAAUUCGUAGAAUUGCAGAAAAAAUCAAUUCACUUCCGAACUUGCAGUUUUGUGUCAUCAUGGAUGGUGCCCAAGAUUUAUCCGGAAAGGAACAAGAAUCAGUCUGCCUAAGAUAUGUUGAUCAUGAUUUAAUAGUCCAUGAGGAAUUUGUUGGCAUGUAUGAAGUCUCUGUUACCACAGGAGAGAACCUAGCAAAGGUUCUGAAGGAUGUACUGCUUCGUCUUAACUUAUCCAUCACUGGGCUGAGAGGGCAGGCUUAUGACGGUGCUGCGAAUAUGGCAGGGAUAUAUUCAGGGGCACAGGCCAUCAUCAAAGAAAGUCAGCCACUUGCAUUAUAUGUCCACUGUGGUCUGCACUGUGUAAAUUUAAUUACGCAGCAUGCUUGCACAUCUCCUGUUAUCCGUGACUCUUUGCAGUGGGUUCAUGAAGUGGGAGGGUUGUUCCGCCAGUCUGUGAAAAUGAAGUCAAUUUUCCAGGAUAUUUCAGAGUCAGAGAGUGGAUCUAUUACAGCCAUCAGACCUUUGUGUCCUACAAGAUGGACAGUGCGCAUUCGUGCUGUGUUAAAACAGUAUCAGCCAAUGUUACUCGCUCUGGAGGAAAUGUCAUGUGGUCAUUCAGUGUCAGCUUGCAGGGCAAAUGGUUUGUCUGAUAGAUUUCAAAAAGGCAAUGUUUUGCUUGGUCUUUUACUUGCCUUAGAAGUGACAGAAGAGCUUGAGUGUCUCAAUGCUUCUCUUCAGAGCCGCAGUCAGACAGUAGAUGGAAUGCUAGCUGCUGUCAACUGUGUGAAGGACACAAUUGCAAAAAAGAGAACAGAAGAUGCAUUCCAAAGUGUCUAUGACAAAGCAACACAAAUGAGUAACUCCCUAAAUCUGUCUCCAAUUGAAAUGCCCCGUGUUCGAAACCCUCCCAAACGGUUCAGCACAUGUUCCUACCUCUUCUGCAGGAUACUUCAGGGCAGAAUUUUUCUCAGGUCGCAGAGACACUUUUGGCAGUUUUAAGUAGCUUUAUAUAUUGAAAUAAAUGUUAGCUUUAACACUUACUAACACUUGUUAGAUUUAUUUCAUCUAAUUGUAUAACUGAUAUCAGGUCUUGACAUGUUUGUCAGUUGACUUCAAUAUGAAUUUUCUUUCAAUAGUUUGUUUUGAAUUAUUGUUUUAUUCCUGAAAUAUGGACUGUAGAAGAGAGCAAAAUUAAGUAUUAUUUGAAUGUGCAAGUAUCCAUUACUGUGUGCCAUGUACUGUGCAUACACAAAAUACAAUUUGAAUAUGUAAACAAUAUUCUCUUAGUACCAUUAUAAGGACAUCUUUGUACUUUAUACUCAAAAGGGUACACAUUACUACCUUAGAGUACCAUUGUGUACCAUAAUGUACAACUAUACAUUUUUGGGGUUAAAUAAGGUACAAAGAUGUCCUUUUAAGGGUACUGUCCCAGUGGCAAGCUGUUCUAUUUCUUUCUUUCUUUCUGUUUUAUAAUCAUAUAUAAUCAUAACACAUAUAAAGCAUGAUUUAAAAAAAUCAUGAUUAAAAAUAAAACCUGUCAUUUACACAAGGGUUAACUGAAAAAAAAACAGAUAACACUAGACAUUUCGUCCCCCCCACUUUUUAAAUGAUGGCUACG